UUCGGAGCGGCGUGGCACUGCACCGUGCACCGACAGUGCUACGUUCGUACUGUACAGCGGCUGCUAAGGGAGCGACGUUAGUUACACAACAGUAGAUCAAAGCACCUUUGACAAUUAGGCCGCCAAAAUGUUUACCGACGAAGAAUUCGAGAAAUAUUUGAAGGAAUUAGAUAACCCAGACCUCUCCGAAUUCGAAUUCUUCACUGAAUCUACGGGAGUGAAAGUAUACCGGCGAUAUAACAAGACCUCUGGAUUGUAUGAUUACAAAACGAUAGGUGGCAUUGAUGUACCAGUAGAUACAUGUUUUGCUGUUUAUACUGACUUGGAGUACAGGAAAAAAUGGGAUUCAUAUGUGAAAGAAUUGUAUCAAUUUGAAGAGGAUGGAAAGAAAGGUGUCUAUUGGCGAGUGGCUUUCCCAUUUCCUCUCUCAAAUAGAGACUAUGUGUUUGUCAGAGAGACAAGAGAGUUUGACCUGAAUGGGAAACAUAUAUAUGUUUGUCUUGGAAGGAGUGCUGAAUUCAAAUCAAAGAAGGAAAAAUCUGGUGUGGUACGAGUUAAUGAUUUCCUUCAAAGUAUGAUCUUUACUUCAGAUGGCAAUGGAACCAAAGCAUUCAUGCAUUACUAUGACAACCCAAGGGGGAUGAUUCCUACGUGGCUUAUCAAUUGGGCAGCUAAGAGUGGAAUACCAGGUUUCUUGGCUAAGAUGGUGAUCGCAUGUAACAGUUAUGAUAAGUAUCUAGCGUCCAAGAAGUGAUGAAAGUCUAUUUUCAUGUCCAUCCAAUAAGCAACUAGUCAAGAUUAGAAGUCUGUUUUGUGUAGGCCUAUUUAUAUAGUAGAUUAUAUAUCUUUACCAAAAUAUUAUUUGAUAUAGCACAAGUAGUACCCACUUUAUUUCAGUUUCUUCACUUUAGUCAAAAUAUUUAAAUUAUAUUUAACGCUAGUACAAACAUUUCAGUCUCAAUAAUUAGCCUUUACUAACAACACUUUUGUGUAAACAAAGGUAGUUUUAUAGUAAAUUAUAUUUGUUUGUCAUAAUCAUAAUGUAUUCCUGUGUUUUCAAGCAUUGUUUAUAUGCCAUAUACAACACAUUCUGUUGUAAUGUAGAUGUUGGUCAUUUUGUGUUUUGAAAGAAGCUGGAAAGUAACCAUUCAGCCAAUUUGAAGUGCCCAUUUGUAUUCUGGUAGUGAUUGCAACUCAUGAAAUUCUUUGUAGAAGUAAUAUUUAGAGCUGAUUUUGGAAAAUAGUGAACGGAUAUGGAACUCCAAACAUACAGAUUUUAAGGUUUUUUGAUGUACAUCUACUUACAAACUAUUUUAAUGAUAUUUGAGAAGAGGAAAGUCCCACGGAAGUGAUAGCCUUUAAGUGUUUUGAUCUUUACGAGAGAAAUUUUAUCCAUCUUUAUUUAUGAAUCCGACCCCCCCCCCCCCCAUAGAAAUGUGUUUAUUUUGCCAAUUUUAUUGAGAGGUUUGCUGUAUGUAGCUGAAAGAAAGGUUAUGGAGUUCAAAACCAAAGUGUUUGUCAUUCCAUAGUUUACUCCAAGCAUGAAAAUCAAAUACCUGCCGUUCCUUUUCUUGCCAUUUCAAUUUAUUAGGAAUUAUCUAAUACCUUUACUUUGUGAGAUAGGUCAUAGAGAUUGUAUUGAGGCUUAUUCAGAUAUGACCACCACACCACGGUAAACCGCAACACAAAAGUUUGCCAGUUUAUUUUGUUAAUGCAUGGGAACUGCGGGCAACUGCGGUCUUACGCAUAUUCACUGUGCUUUGUGAUAUAAGAUAGGAAAUAUUAAGCGUAUUACACUUUGCGUCAUUAAAAAAGUGCUGUAGUUUUGCCGCCUCCCAUAUGAACAAAGCUUUAGGGAUACACAGUGUCAUUGGAAUUUGCCAUUAUUGUACAAUUUUUUUUUAAUGAAUUCAUCAAUUGAAACAAAUUGGACCUUCAUAUUAGCCCAAAUAAUGCAACCUCAUUAGCACCUCGCAUUGAAAUGAAAAUGAUAGCCAAAUUUAUUAACAUUCUACAUGGUUAAUAUAAUGUGCUAUCUCAUUUAAGAAAAAAGUUGGUCUUUAGUAAUAGAUUCUUGUAUUUUCUCAUAGUACAUCUCUGUAUAUGUGUACCAUACAAGCCUCAGAGCUGCAUCAUCAGGUAUUUUUGUAUGACAUUUUAUAAAAAAUUAUGCGUCUCGGGACAUUAUCUUUCAGUUGAAGCUGUGUGAAUUUAAUUAGUCAUUUUUAUAAGGAUGAAAAACCGAAGAGUGUAGUGACGAUGUACUCUAUAUUUUGCAGUGAGUUUGUAUUUAGUGUGUAAAAAUGCUGAUAGUGCACAAAUUGUUAUAUUUUUAUGUUUAUAGUGGGAAAUAACUUAGAAUAUAUCUUUCUUUUGUCAAUUAGAGUUUGUUACAGGGUAUAAUAAAAUCAGAAUAACGUCCAUUACCCACUUAAUUACUUACAUAAAUUAUUGGCUAAAUGCAAUUGUUUGGAUUGUUAAAGAAUAAGCACAAACAGCCCCUUGAAGGUAUAAUAUCCAGAAAAGGAGACUAGCACUAUACUGAUCUCAUUGUAUUUGAGAAAUAUAGUUUGCACAAAGUUUGAGUUUGUUUCAGUUGCAUCGUAGAUUGAACAAAUAAUUUUGAAUGUACAACAUGUGCCUUGGUUCUGUAUGAUUUCAUUACCUGUGUCCUAAUGUGAUUAUAAUAACAAUAAUAAUGUACUUAGAUUCUCUGGCUUGAUGUCAUUCUUCUGGGUGGAUGGUCGGUCCUCCUCCCAUCAAACUUGUGCACAAUUCCAUAAGCAAUAGAUUGGAUGCACUCGAUGUAAAUAUGUUUAUCCUUUGGAAAGCUGUGACAGUUGCAGCUAUUUUUCAUUCCUGUUGUAUUUAUUGUUUUACUUCAUUGUUUUUUUUUGUGAAAUAAGUACAUUAAUUUUGGAAUAUGUUUUUUUCAACUUUUUGAAUUAACAAGUAUUGAAUCAUAGCCUGUAUACACUGAAAAAAAAAGUGUUUUUCAGAAAGUUCUGCAUGGCCUGUGGAGCAUACAUGUAUAUAUGCCAUUGAUCUUUACACAUUUUGUGUAAACAUUUAUAUGUAAACUAGCAGCUAAAAAAAAAAAUCCACAUUCAUACUGUUUCAAAUAUUGAUCGGAUUGAAUAUAUACCUUAGGCAAGAUUAGUCUAGUCUUGGUUACAUAAUAAAGUCUGUUCUUUUUCAGAAAUACAUGUACACAUACUUAAUAUAGUGAGCAUAGAGAUGAUAGAGAACGUGCAAUAAAUAAAUGUUUAUAUGAAAUAAGAAA